AUGCUGUGCGCAAUUUCUGGAGAAGCUCCUCAGGAGCCCGUCGCCUCAAAGAAGUCGGGCACCGUCUUCGAAAAGCGAUUGAUCGAGAAGUACAUCGAGGAGAAUGGCACGGAACCUGUUACCGGCGAAGCUCUGACGACCGAAGACCUCCUUCCCUUGACCCAGUCCCACGUUGUCCGACCCCGACCCCCGACGCUUACUUCGAUCCCGGCCUUGCUUGCGACAUUCCAGAAUGAGUGGGAUGCGCUUGCCCUCGAGACAUUCAACCUGAAAGAGCAGCUUGCAAGGACACGGGAGGAGCUUGCCACGGCUUUAUACCAGCACGAUGCCGCGGUCAGAGUGAUUGCGCGUCUGUCAAAGGAGCGGGAUGAGGCCAGAGAGGCGCUUUCCAAGGUCAGCGUCAGCGCUGGAACUACAAAUGGGGAUGCAAUGGCCAUUGAUUCAGCCGAGGGGCUUCCCGAGGAAUGGGUUGACAAAGUCAAUGCGAAGCACCAAGAACUCUCCAAGAGCCGCAAGAAGCGCCCAGUCCCCGAGGGCUGGGCUACCUCCGAGGACGUUGCCUCGCUGGCCACCGUGGCAUCGACUUCAACACCGGUUUCGAACGCCUCUUCUCUUGCGACCGAAGGAAGCUAUGCGGCCAUCAGCGGUCGUGGGGGAGAUGCUGCGAUAUACUCUAUUGAGGCAGAUCAGGUCGAGCGCCAAAUCGUGGUCAACGAGCCGGUCGUCGACUCUGUAUGGACUGGGAGCAAGCUCAUCUUCGCUACGAGUAAGGGAUCAGUAAAGAUCUUUGAGGGCGGCAGCGAAGUUGCGUCAAUGUCUGAACACGCGGGCCCUGCAACAUCCUUGAGCAUCCAUCCUACCGGGGACCUGCUUGCAUCCGUUGGUUCGGACAAGAGUAUUGUUCUGUACGAUCUCAACUCCCUCAGGAAGAUUAGCCGUGCCUACGCCGACUCUGCCCUGACAUCCUCGGCUUUCCACCCCGACGGACAUCUCUUUGCAGCCGGUACAGCUACGGGAGAGAUCAAACUCUUUAUGACGACGACAUUGGAGGUUGCGGCUGCGUUCGACCUUGGCGCAUCUAUCGAGGCCCUGACUUUCUCAGAAAACGGAUUCUGGCUUGCAGCGACAGCUAAGGGCCAGAGCUCAGUCACCAUCUUUGAUUUGCGCAAGGAGGGAGAUGCUGCUCGGGUCAAGACACUAGAGACUGGUGGACCGGUGCAGUCACUGGCUUGGGACUAUAGCGGACAAUUUUUGGCGACCGCGGGAGCUGGUGGCAUUACUGUUCAACAAUACACCAAGAGCUCCAAGAAGUGGUCAGAGCCUCUCAGAACUUCGGUGGCUGCAUUGUCUGUCCAGUGGGGCGCUGGGGCCAAACAGUUGGUUUCUGUCAACGUGGAGGGCGUCGUUUCGGUGUUUGGAGUCAAGCAGGAAUAA